GCCCUCCUUUUUUUUAUUACCUCCUUUCCUCCUUCCUCUCCCCCGCCCCCCCCUCCGCGUCGGUCCGUCCCGAACCUCCCUUUUUUAAGUCCCACCCUUGCAAAAUAAACCUCAAGAAAACAGGUUGCUCCCCACCCACUCCCACUCUGUCCAUGGCCACUGAAGAAGUUUCCAAGCCCCCCAAUCUCCCUUCUUAUCCUGAGAUGAUACUGGCGGCGAUCACGGCGUUGGACGAGAAGAAUGGGUCGAACAAGUCGGCAAUAUCCAAGUACAUCGAGUCGUCUUAUGGCGAGCUGCCGCAGUCGCACUCGUCGCUGCUGACGGCCCACCUGGCCCGGAUGAAGGAGAGCGGGGAGCUUCUCUUGGUCAAGAACAAUUACGUGAAGCCCGGCCCGGACGCUCCCCCAAAGCGCGGCCGCGGCCGGCCCCCCAAGCCCAAGCCCGUCCUUCCCCCGGGCACCGUCCUCCCCCCUCCCCGCCCUCGCGGCCGCCCCCCCAAGCCCAAGGACCCCCUCGCCGCUGCCGUCGCCAAGGCCAACAAAGGCCUCCCCAGGGCCCGCGGCCGGCCCCCAAAAAAGGCCCGGCCUGCCGUUUCCGCCGCCGCCGCCGCUCCGGCUGCCGAGGGAGCUCCGGCGAAGAGGGGCCGAGGCCGGCCUCCGAAGGUGAAGCCCGUCGUAGCCAGCGACGGGGCUUGACUUGAAUGAAGCAGAGCAGUGCUAGGGGAUGCUCUAAACCUAAUUGUUGUUGCUGCUGUUUCUUUUCUUUUUCUUUUGCUUCUUUGGUCUCUAAUUGCUGCUGUGGGGUUUCUUAGGGUGGGUGGAUGGAUGGAUGGAUGGAUGGACUCUGUUGUUGUGCUUGGAAUUUGUAUGUACGCUAUGCUAGCUGUACUAGUUUACUGUGUUAGUGAAAAUGACUGACUGAAUUGAUGGUGGUGCUCUUAUUUUCUAA